CGGCCCCGUGCGCCUGCGCCAACUCUUUCCUAGCUGCCCCGGUCCCGGCUCGGCGGCUCCGGCGUCCUCGGGCUUUUCAUGGAAGAGAUGUCGGGAGAAAGUGUGGUGAGCUCAGCAGUGCCAGCGGCGGCCACCCGGACCACGUCCUUCAAGGGGACCAGCCCCAGCUCCAAGUACGUGAAGCUCAACGUGGGGGGGGCCCUCUACUACACCACCAUGCAGACCCUCACCAAGCAGGACACCAUGCUGAAGGCCAUGUUCAGCGGGCGCAUGGAGGUGCUCACCGACAGUGAAGGUUGGAUCCUCAUCGACCGCUGUGGGAAGCACUUUGGCACGAUCCUCAACUACCUCCGGGACGGGGCCGUCCCGCUGCCCGAGAGCCGCCGGGAGGUGGAGGAGCUGCUGGCCGAGGCCAAGUACUACCUGGUCCAGGGCCUGGUGGAUGAGUGCCUGGCGGCCUUGCAGCAGAACAAAGACUCGUAUGAACCUUUCUGCAAAGUCCCUGUGAUCACCUCCUCCAAGGAAGAACAGAAGCUGAUUGCCACGUCCAACAAGCCAGCCGUGAAGUUGCUCUACAACAGAAGCAACAACAAGUACUCCUACACCAGCAAUUCUGAUGACAACAUGCUGAAGAACAUCGAGCUGUUUGACAAGCUGUCGCUGCGCUUCAACGGGAGGGUCCUGUUCAUCAAGGACGUCAUUGGUGACGAGAUCUGCUGCUGGUCCUUUUAUGGGCAGGGCCGGAAGAUCGCAGAGGUCUGCUGCACCUCCAUCGUCUACGCCACGGAGAAGAAGCAGACCAAGGUGGAGUUCCCAGAGGCCCGCAUUUACGAAGAGACCCUGAAUAUUUUGCUGUAUGAGGCUCAGGAUGGCCGUGGCCCCGACAAUGCCCUUUUGGAGGCCACGGGGGGCGCUGCCGGCCGCUCGCACCACCUGGACGAGGACGAGGAGCGCGAGAGGAUUGAGCGGGUGCGCCGGAUCCACAUCAAGCGCCCCGAUGACCGGGCCCACCUGCACCAGUGAGCAGAGCGGCAGCCCACUGGGCCGCUCGCAGAGCCUGCCCCGAGCAUCCAGGCCGCGUGCGGAGCAUCCAGGCGGGGACGGUAUUUUGUAACAAAGCAGGUGGUUAUUUUGAUAUUUCCUGGCAAGGUGACUGGUUCUGUCGCAGGGACGCAGCCCCUGGCACUGCUCAGGCCACGUCCCUCAUUUUCCCUCUUUCCCUGAACAUGAACGAGUCGGGGGCGGGGGGUUCUCAGGAGGAAGAACUUUGGUUUUCAGUAUUUAUUUGUGGGGGUCCCGGGGCCCAGCCCUGACCCAGGUGGCUCCGUCCUGUGCUUCGGCCACCCGUGCCACGGAGGUCUGGCCCUGAGGCCACCCUGCGCCGGGCUGGGCCCCCCCAGUGGCAGAGCGCAGCCUUUAGCUUACCCCAAGGCCCUGCCCCUCCCAAGGGAGAAUCCCCACGUGCCUCAUGCAGGAUUUCCACGGCCAAAAGGCAAAAAUCCCAAACCCUUCUGGAGGGGAGUUUUCUUAGAGCAAUCACGUGCAUCUUAUGGCCAAGGAAACGAGUCUCCUAGUGUAAGGACACAGCAGGGGGCAUCUGGACCCCAAAGGGUCCCCGGGGGCCUCCUGAAGCACCACGAGCUCCUUGUCUCGGUCCUGCACGUUGGGGGGGCUCGGCCCUAUGUGGCCGAUGGCCCCUGGUCCCCCUCAGGUUGAUCCACGUCACACGGGACAGCAGCUGGUCAUUGGGCCAAGGGGUCCCCAGUGUCCGGCUGUAUUCUCCACUUCUCCUUUCCCUGCCUUGAGGGAGCCACGGGACCCAGCGAGGGAGAGGGGGAGGCCUGAGGCUUCGCCAGUCUUGGGAGCUCCUGGGUUGGCUGCUCUCCCACUACCAGUCAGCACUUGUCGGCCAUCAGCUUUCCUAGAAUUGCCUUCGUCACCAAGCGCUUGGUUGCCCUCCUGCGGGGGCCAGGCCUCGGGCUUGAGUCUUUGCUGGCUCUGAGGCCGGCUCUCUUUCCAGCAGCACUUUGGCUUCUGCCCUUCCCCCUCCCCCUGUACCCCUGAGAGGCGCAGACCGCAGAGGGUCUUUCUGAGUCAGGGUUGUCACAGAGCUGAUUUCUGUGGCCCUCUCCUCCCCCCACCCCCGGGCAGGGGCUCCAAAGAGAAGCUCAGACUCUCCCAGGGGGACACCCUCCCCUCAGAACUCAUCUUUCUGUAGCAUUUUCUUUUCCCCACCCUGCCAGGGAAGAAUGUGACUGACUAUCAGGUAGUCCCAUUUUGCUGACAAAGAAAUGGAUGCUCAAAGGGAUGUUUAUGUCCUGCCCACCAUGACCCAAAUCCAGCCCCAAACUUCUGCCUUUACUUGCCCCUAUCGGGGUCCUGGUCCUCAUCCACGGGGCUGCAGCUCCCAGUUGUCCCAGGUGGUUCUGGCUGCUCUCAUUCCACAGACUGGAAGUGUCUCCUCCCACCACUUUCAGAGAAUAUAGAAAGGAUGUGUUUGUGUGACUGAGUCUGGCUCGGGGGUCCCGGAGCCCCCUUGGCUGUGGGUACGUGGGUGUGUGUGCAAGGGGCCAUAGCAGCUACCUCCCCACUGUCUCUGCCACGAGGGAACGGGAGGCGACGUGGACUCUGAGGGGGAGACCCAGGAUGUGAGUGGAAGAACAGGCCCGAGGGGACGCCGGAGUCGAUACCAAAGCAUUCGUUGUGGCAAGUCCAACCGUGACCUGACGAGGUGUUUGUGUGAGUCGCUUUGUGCCCCCAGUGGCUUCUGUGACUUAAGCCAUACGCUCUCAGCGGGCUGGGCCUGGGAGCGGGGUUUUAAACACUGUUACGUUGUCCUCUGUUACCGUUCCCGAGCCUGGAGAGAGCAGCAGAUCAGUUGGGGCCUCUCUGAGCCUCUCCAUGUUUUCAUCAGCCUAAGGCUGAGAUCGGGGCUUUAUGCAAAGUGUUCCUGAUUCAGUCAGUCUGGCCCCUGCAAAGAUCUUUUCCCUAAAAGUGAAAGAACUUUGUGUGAUUGAGGUCUAAGCUUCCCCCCGAAAUCCUCUCCUCUGAGACCCCUGGGGAGCUCGGGACAAGCCCCGCGCCCACGGGCUGACCGUGAAUCGGUUCACUUUGUACAAUGACAAAGCAUCAUGAAUGUGGCUAGGCCACGAAUGGGUCCGUAGGACUGGAGAAGUAACUGUACAAUGAAUUAGUCUUCAAAGAUAGAUUUUUAUUAAUCUAGAAUUUUUUAUUCACAUAAUAAAACCUGGGAAUUCUUAGUAUUUCCACAGUCGAGACAAGGUUUCUGACAAGUUGCUUUAUCCAUCCGGCGCGGUCCCCCUUACGUACACCCACAGGAAUGGCUCAGCUUAGGGGAAGACCAGACGGUUCCAAGGCUGACAUGGUGUACUGCCCAAAGUGACCUCAUAGGGACCCUGAGUCUGUCUUCCCCUGGCUGAGAAGGCGCCAAGAAAAAAGCUGUAGCCCAACCCAGUGAUGCUGGAACCACACAUUUCCUUUCCUCUAUCAUGUCGUGACUGAUUUUACCCAUUUCUGGCCCUUUGUGGCAAAAAAGACAAAUCAUGGUUCUAUGAGAACCUCCCACCCUUGCCCAUGGCCAUCCCAAGUCUGUCCUUAGAACAGAUGCACUUGGUGAGCCCCAAGCGAAUCCCCCAAUUCUUGAAGCUGUCUGGACCUUUCCAAGAUCUCGCUAUUCCCUCCGCAAUUGGACUUGGGCUGCUUUGAAUUUGGCUCACUGACCAUCCUGAAUGAGAGUUUGCCGUUAGAUCUCUCCCAUCCAGAUGGGGCAGACACAAAAGGGGGUACCCGUCUGCUUCCCAGCUGGGAUGGGUUUUUCCAUCACCCCCCUGAAACUGAACUCCAAUUUAUGUUUUUGUUCCUUAAAACGAGCAAUGCUCACUUGACAAAAUUCAAGAAGCGUUUCUUAAGCUCUGUGUGUUGGGACUGAUACAACCCAAGUGGAAGGAAGAGAAGCCAGAUCCUAGAUUUGGCCAGACUGGCGGCUGUUUUUCUAGCGACUCUUAAAAGGCUAAAAAUUGAUGUCGAUUGCUUCAGAGAGGUCAAAGAUGAGCCCAACACUUAGUCCUUUUAUUGCACAUUUCCAAAAAUUAAUGAGUUUCGCACAGCUUUGAAAGAGUUGGGGGUCACGGUUACUGCUGCUCUUAUCACCCCGACUGCUGUUUCCGGGAGACAUGGUUCUGGCCACCAGCAUCCCGUGCUCAAGACAUUCAGUUGCCGUCACGCUGCCUGCAAGAGUGGACUUAAUGAGCCACGUGGGAGCACGAUGGUCACUUUAGCUCUUCGUCCAGUCUUUUCUAACACAUGUUUCUGUAUCCUUGGAAAAAACUGACAGAUCCUGCAACCCUGAGCAUUCGUGGAUCACGUCUGAGCCACGGGCACAUCAUGGACCAGGACUGUGGAGGGGAGAAUGGGCGAGAUUCAACUCCUGUAGAGUUGUUAUAGUGAAAUCCUUUCCUGUCGAGGUUCACUUUUAACUAGUCACCAAAAAUCUCACUUGCGCACAUUCAGAUGUCUUGUACUAAUUGUGUGGCCCCUUAAAGCUAUGCAUACAAUGCUUGUGUUUUGUUUUGUUUUAGACGUAUUCAGUGUUUGAGUUACAAGCAUUUGUCUCUACAUAAAUAUAUAUGCAGAAUAAAAAUGAUAUAAAGUACUUGUA